AUGUAUUGGAAUACAGAUUUAGCAGAAACUGCUCAACGUUAUGCUGAUCAUUGUAAUUUUGAUCAUGAUAAACCUAUUCAACGACAAGUACCUCAUAUUCCACUUCCAACUGGUCAAAAUCUUGAAUUAUUUUUAUUCAGACAAGUUCCUAGUUAUAUUUUAGAUUGUCAUGGUUUAGUAUGCCUUUACAAUGAAAUUAUUGAUCUCGAUUCAUAUAAAUAUCAAUGUGAAUCUUAUGCAACAAGUGAACAAUGUGAAAAUCUUGAUUGUACAUUAUUAUCUGAUGAUUGUAAAUAUGGAAAUGAUAAAUCAUUAUGUACACAAUAUUCAAAUAUUUCUAAUGAAUGUCCUAAAUUUUGUGGUUUAUGUUCUCGAUAUGAUGAAAUGAAAAAAUAUUAUGAUUCACUCGAGAUAUUAUCAAAUAUUGGAAUUCAAACGAUAGAAAGCACCCAAUCUGUUAUAUCAUUUGGAAAUAUAUCUUUUCAUUUAGUUUUUAUUUAA